CCAUGCACAGAGACACACACGUUGUCGGAUAACCGGCGCGAGAAGUCGUGCUAGUGACACUAGUAGAUCCUGGUGACGAGAUCGGGAACCACUACAGACAACUGCAUGUCGCAACGCGUGUCUGAAAGAUAUCGAAAGUGGCGAAAAGGUUAAAUUAACAACGAAAACACAUCGAUGCAGAGGAGAAUGUACGAGAAUAUUUCCGAUAUAAAAUAUACAGUACAGAUCACCUUUAUAAAAACGUGGACAAAUUAAAACAGUUUCUUCGUGGAACAUGUUUAUGAAGUGAAGAACGAGGAACAAUUGAUUUGAGCCCCACACCAUUUAUCUUAGGAAGGCGACGAGUAUAGGUUUUAAAAAGACACGCAUUUUUGUCAGUGAUUUUCUUUCAUAAGACCUAUAAGACUGAAAGAGUUAUUAAUAGUGUUUAUAUCCUCAUUAUGGAACAAUGUCAGGCGUGUGAGUAGCUUGGAACUAAAACGUGUUACAUUGUUGGACAGAAAAGGGGGCAAAAUGAUGAUGAACACGGUGGCAAGUCUUCUCAGCAUAAUUCUGCAACUGUUUCUGCAAACUUCUGGCAUAUCAGGAGUGAGCUGGGAAGAAUGGUGGACAUAUGAUGGCAUAUCAGGACCGGCGUUUUGGGGCCUUAUCAACCCAGAAUGGAGCCUCUGCAACAAGGGCAGGAGACAAUCCCCUGUCAACCUGGAGCCCAACAAACUGCUGUUCGACCCCAACCUGCGACUAUUGCACAUAGACAAGCACAGGGUGAGCGGCAGUAUCAGCAACACGGGGCACAGCGUAAUGUUCACUGUGGACAACACGACGCGACAUCACAUCAACGUGACCGGCGGCCCGCUGUCCUACAAGUACCAGUUCCAGGAAAUACACGUCCACUACGGCCUGCGAGACGACGGUGGUUCUGAGCACAGCAUCAACGGAUACGCCUUCCCUGCCGAGAUUCAAGUGUUCGGCUUCAAUUCUCAGCUCUACUCCAAUUUUUCUGAAGCUCUGCACCGAGCGCAAGGCAUUGUCGCCAUUUCUUUGUUGCUACAGCUCGGUGAUCUGUCAAAUCCAGAGCUCAGGAUCCUCACAGACCAACUUGAUAAAAUCAGAUAUGGAGGGCAAGAAAUUGAAGUGAAAAGACUGUCCAUCCGAGGUCUGCUGCCUGACACGGACUACUAUAUGACAUAUGACGGCUCAACAACAAUGCCAGCGUGCCACGAGACUGUGACGUGGGUCAUCCUCAACAAACCAAUCUACAUCACCAAACAGCAG